AUGAGUGCUCCAAGGGGUGAAGGUUCAUGUUCGUUCCAUUGCCAAGAGAACUAUAACAAAUUGUUGAAUGCUCACAAAGAAAUGGUGAAUAAUAACAAUCAAGUAAUGAAUGCUUUGAAGACGUAUAUGAUAAUGAAAGAAGGGACGUUACCGGAACAAUUUGCGGGAUUAUUUCCUCCUUCUUCUACUACGAUUUGGGAGAAAAUUAAAAAAUGGGUAGAGGACUUAUACUUGCAGGACUGCAGCUACAGGUGGUUUGUGUGCAAAAUUCCUGAAUUUAAGACAGAACAUUUGUUGUUUGGAAAAAAGGACUUCUUCAUUUGUGAUUCUGAAAGAAGCAUAAAGAUCGUACACUGCAAGCUUAAAGGAUGUUGGUGUAAUCCUCUAUUACUUGUGAUAAUCUUAAUUAUAUGGAAAACAUUAAGUGAGCCAUCGUAUGAUAUUCAUAAAUUUAGAAAUAUUUUUCGGUUGCUUCCCUCUACAGCCUUCGUUCUUCUAUGGUCUUUAGCUUUAUUCUCAUUAGUAUCACUCUCUUUACUAUAUCUACUUCGUCUCCACUUUCACUUUGACAUGGUUAAAAGUGAAUUCUUGCACCAUGUUGGAGUAAAUUACCUUUUCACCCCAUGGAUUUCGUGGCUUGUUUUGCUUCAAGCCACCCCAUUUUUCAAACCCAAAGAGGUCUAUUUUCUUCUACUUUGGUUGAUCUUUAUUAUACCUAUAGUGGCACUGGACAUCAAAUUAUAUGGACAAUGGAUCACAAAGGGGAAGCGCUUUUUAUCAGGAGUAGCGAAUCCUACGAGUCAAUUAUCGGUUAUUGGGAAUUUGGUAGGAGCAAGGGCAGCUGCUCAAAUGGGAUGGAAUGAGUGUGCACUUUUUUUGUUUGCAAUUGGAAUGUCACACUAUUUAGUGCUUUUUGUGACACUUUAUCAGAGGUUGCCAGGAAAUAGUUCAAUUCCAGCAAUGCUAAGGCCAGUAUUCUUCUUGUUCUUAGCUACUCCGAGCAUGGCAAGCUUGGCAUGGGAUUCUAUUUAUGGAAAGUUCGAUAUUUCAUCCAAGAUGCUUUUCUUCCUCUCCCUCUUCCUUUUCCUUUCACUGAUAUCGAGACCAGCGUUAUUUAAGAGAUCAAUGAGGAAAUUCAAUGUAUCAUGGUGGGCAUAUUCAUUCCCUUUAACAGUGAUGGCAAUUGCAUCAACCAAAUAUGCUCAAGAAUUGAAGAACACUGCUUCCCAUAUAUUAAUGCUGCUUCUUUCUGGAUUAUCAGUGAUAGUAUCACUUGUGUUAAUGAUUUUCACUGCGUUUAAUUCCAAUUCACUUCUACCAGGUGAUGAUCCAAUGCUCUGCCGGCCUAACAAUCAACGGUCAUCAAUUGUAUAAUUAUUUGACGAAAAGAAAAAUCAAAUGUAUUAUUGUAAUCAUUUUUUCAUUCAGUAGUUUAUGUUCGAAUUUUCAGAGCCAACUCGUAUGUAACAUUUGUAAAGGAAUACUAAUUAGGCAUUCAUUAAUAACGUGUAUUUCUGACCAAAGAUGGAAAUAUCUAUGUUAUGAAAAAAUAGUGAU